AUUCUCUUAAACCCUUAGUACGAACCUGUGGCUGCGGCGGAGACGGAUGCUUUGUUCCUCUGAAUCUGUAAGAUUGAGGCAACCAUGGAAACGGAAUCGGAGAGAAGCGAUGACGCGACCGUAUCUGCCGUCAAAGACAUGAGAACCCGACUCGAGACCCGGAUUCGGACCCAACAUGACGCCCACUUGGAUCUCCUCUCGUCGCUCCGAUCUAUCGUUCCGGACUUGGUACCGUCGCUCGAUCUCUCCCUCCGACUCAUCUCCUCCUUAACGAACCGGCCCUUCGUCCCCACGCCUUCUCUGCCGGACCCGAAGGAUGAGAAGCACCACCCUUCUUUGCCCAAAUCCGGAGUCCGACAAUCUCAUGACCCGAAAUCCGUCCUCGACGAUUCGGGUCGGAGAGCUCCGGGUUCCAUCGCCGAAGCCGACGGGUCGAAUGGAAGCCCCACGGCGCUGGUGAGAGCGAUGGUUGCGGAGUGUUUGCUGCAGCGAGUACCCUUCUCGCCGACGGAUUCGUCGACGGUGCUAAGGAAGCUGGAGAAUGAUCCGAACGCGACCGCGGCGGAGAAGGCGGCGCUGCGGGACCUGGGAGGUGAGACCGGGCCAAUUCUCGCCGUCGAGAUGGCGCUCCGGUCGAUGGCGGAGGAAAACGGCUCGGUUGAGUUAGAGGAGUUCGAGGUGAGUGGGAAGUCCCGGAUCAUGGUCUUGGCCAUUGAUCGAACCAGGCUGCUCAAAGAGCUACCAGAGAGCUCGCAGGGCAACAACGAAUCGAGCCGGGUUCUCGAAACUCCGAACCGGGAUGAUAAUCCGACAGUCGGAGGCGGGUUUGGGAUUGCCGGGUCGGGUCAUUUCCCGAGACCCGAUAUGUGGGGACCCGGACCCGGUGACCCAAAUAUGGGUUUCAGGCCGAUGAUGGGAGGACCAAGAGGGAUGGGGAUGAUGGGGAUGCAUCAUCCAAUGGGGAUGAUGGGCCUGGCCGCCGGGAGACCACCGCAAUUUCCGCCGCCGGCGACUGGUCAGAAGCUGAGGAGUGAAGAGGAGGAUAUGAAGGACGUUGAGGCUCUUCUAAGCAAGAAAUCUUUCAAGGAGAAGCAACAAUCGAGGACCGGCGAAGAGUUGCUGGAUCUCAUCCACCGCCCCACUGCCAAGGAAGCCGCGGCCGCAGCUAAGUUUAAAAGCAAAGGAGGAUCACAAGUUAAGUAUUAUUGUAGAUAUUUAACAAAAGAGGAUUGCCGUCUUCAGUCCACUUCCCUCAUAGCCUGCAAUAAGCGGCAUUUCCGUCGAUUAAUUGCUCCACAUACCGAUAUCAGUUUAGGCGAUUGUUCCUUUCUUGAUACAUGCCGUCACAUGAAGACCUGCAAAUAUGUGCAUUACGAGCUCGACCAAUCAGCUGACACCGGGAUGGUGGGCCUGGACAAGCCAUUGAAGCCACAACGGGCAGAUUACUGCUCAGAAGUGGAACUGGGAGAGGCGCAAUGGAUAAACUGUGACAUCCGGUCGUUUAGAAUGGACAUUUUGGGGACAUUCGGUGUUAUAAUGGCAGAUCCACCAUGGGACAUUCACAUGGAACUUCCCUAUGGAACAAUGGCUGAUGAUGAGAUGCGCACUCUCAACGUGCCGUCUUUGCAGACCGAUGGUUUGAUCUUUCUCUGGGUCACCGGACGUGCAAUGGAGCUUGGCCGCGAAUGUUUGGAGCUUUGGGGAUACAAGAGAGUGGAAGAGAUCAUAUGGGUGAAGACAAACCAGCUUCAACGGAUUAUAAGAACAGGGCGGACAGGUCACUGGCUCAAUCAUAGCAAAGAGCAUUGUCUGGUCGGAAUCAAAGGAAGCCCGGAAGCGAACCGAAACAUCGACACAGAUGUGAUUGUCGCUGAAGUCAGAGAGACAAGUCGGAAGCCAGACGAGAUGUAUGCUAUGUUGGAGAGGAUAAUGCCGAGAGCGAGAAAACUCGAGCUUUUUGCCCGAAUGCACAAUACUCAAGCCGGAUGGCUGUCGCUUGGGAACCAGCUCAAUGGUGUACGGCUCCUGAACGAGGGUCUCCGAGCACGGUUCAAGGCCGCGUACCCGGACGUGGAGGUGCAGCCGCCGUCGCCGCCUAGGGCUUCGGCCAUGGAGAUAGACAACAGUGGUAUCGAAACGAGAAGCCCCUUUGCUGGGCCAGAUCCGAUGGCUGUGGACGCUAACGCAGCUGCUUGACCCUUGACGACUGGAGUUUACUGCGGCGACGCUAGUCAUCUUGCCGGAAGAUGGAAACGGAAAGCAAGUUAUGGUUUUUUAUGUUAUGUAUCGUUUAUGAAAAUUGAGAUCCGAAAAUUUUAAAAUCUUGUUUUGUAUCUAAAUAUUUUGUGUUGAGCCUGUCACUUCUUUUAA